AUUGCGUCAACAGAUGAAGUGCAAUUCAUCCGAUGAAGAGGAUUCCGAUAACGAAAGCUCAGAUGAAGAGGCACAAAGUCUGAGAAGUCGAAACGGUCAUAAUCAGAGUAAUGGUUUUGAAUGGUUCUAUGGAAUGAGACCUCCUACUCGAGAAGUCAUUGCCUACUUGAAAGCGAUGGUCCAGCAUCUGGAGAUGAUGAGAGAAGCAGAAGAAAAUGAAGCCAUGGAACGAAUAGAAAAGUUUUAUGACGAGGCACGCACAUGCAGCAUGAGUAAGGUGGAAAUCCAUCCUGGAACCAGCGUCUUCAUCGAUAAGCAGACAAUGGCAUUGGCAAUUGAGUAUUUCGACGAUAAUCACGAUUGGAAACAAUUGACGACUAAUCUUCUGACGGGAAUCUACCAUGACACAUUGGAGUACAUGUCUGUGGAAGAAACAGAAGGCAAAAUUCGGCUGCAUUACGACAUUUUGAAGGCAGUUGAGGAAGUCAUUCGAAGUCGAGGAACUCCUGAUAACCCAAUCCAGAUUGGUGAUGAUGACUUCAUUAAACACGUGAGAAAAAUAUGUACUAGUCGCGAGAGCAACUCAUACAACCCUUGAAGAUGAUAAUGAGAAUCCGGGAAGAAGGGAAUUCCCUCUAGGUAUUUCAAAGAUUUAGGCGGUAUCAUCCGGACUCUUUCGUUUAACUUUCGAUGAUUCUGACCACAGCAGCUGUGGAUUAUUCAAAAUAAAUUCUAUGUCACAUUCAUCGGACUGGUUUCACUGAGAUCUCCCCACUAUACAAUUCUAUGCUCUCCACUGGAUUCAGGGGACCUUCAACAACCCUAUACCUCACCAGGAGCAUUACAUCUUGCCACUGCCGUCACUGCAUCACCAACAAUCUGUUUCUGCACAUUUUUAAGAAGCUUGGUAUCAUUGUUACAGGGAUAUUUUUUUACUAAUAUGUUUAAAAAGCUAUUGCCAAAUAUCAACCAAAUAAUCUUAUAAUUAAUUUCGAAAUUUUUAUCCAUUUUGAGACAAAAGGUGAGACAAAGUCAUGCGUAUUUGAAUUAAAAAUCGCAUACCCCGUUCAAAAUCAGUCCUGAAUAACUAUUCAGAAAGCAUUAAUUCAUUGCCACGGACGAGGCGUCCCCACUCCUAUGCCCUGCGUGAGACGGCGGUAGUGGGGAUGGCGGCAGCAGGGCCGUACGCUCGGCGCCUCGAAUAUUAAUAGGAGCGUAAGAAUUGAAAUUGAAUUUUUUGGAUGUGUUUGAAGGGUAGGGAGUUCCACCCGGCUCGACUGACGUUUUUUCUGUUUUUUAGUGGGAAUUUCAUCCAUUUUUACAUAUAUAACCUAUAAAUAAUUCGUGAAUGCCGUGAAUAUUUUCAUGAAAUCGCUUAGUUGAAAACUGUUAUAUAUUAAUUUACAGCUUAAUUGCAAUCAUCGAAAUUGAAAUAAUCCUCUCAUACAUGAAGAAGAAAAAAAAAUUUUGUGGUGCACUUACGGUCUCUAGCUUCGACCCUGGCGUUAUGAAAAGUGGGAGACCGGUUUACAUACUAACAUCUUUAACGCCACACUCACACCGCUCUAUGCGUCGCGCUGAUUCGCUCUACCCCCACUUGCUUCACACCGAGACGAUUCGCGCCUCUUCCGUGGUAAUGGGUUAAGCAUUCCACCUAGGAUAUUUCAGUAACUCCGAUUCUGUCUCGAUCCUUUUAUUUCAUCAUGAGAUUGAAGAAUUCGCAGGUAUUCAGACUUGACGCAAGGAUAACGUAACCCAUAAACUUGUCUUUGAAAAAAAUAUUGAAAUUCUCUAGUACAAUAUGUUAACAGGCCAAUACACCUUAGCUUCGAAUUUUUUAUCAAUUUGAGACAAGAAAUAUUGAUGCACCCUUUCAUCACGAAUUUCAAUUCUGACCCUUAUGACUAGAAGUGACUCCGGGGAAAAAUAAAACUGGGAAAUAUACGCAAAACGCCGUGUCAUUUUCCCCUGGUUUCCCCUAAUAGUCUAUAAUUUUCAGUCUAUUACUAUAUUUGUUCGAGAAUAAUUG